AUGGAUGUCCGAUCGCUUUUGAAUCCUCCAGAUGAGGGAGAGAGGAAAGUGAUUGCUGCCGUUGCAUCAACAGAGAAGAUAUCUCAGCCUCCAUCAAUAACCCAAGGCCAGAUCAAUUUUCCACACAGGGAGCAAAUGACAACUGUGGAUGCAACCUGCUGCCCCCAUGAACGCGCUGAAAAAAGAUAUGAAUGCUCGGUGAACACCUUGAGAAACCCAGCGCCUUCCACCCCAACAGGCAAGAAACGGUCCGCCGCUGUCGUCGAAGAUGAGGAGCGUCGAAUUUCAGUGGGCUAUUCACAUGGCAAUGCCUCUGGUGAAAACCAGCCUUGGGGUGGUUCUCAUAUUCAAACCGGAAACACUGAACAUCUGCGAACACACUAUGAUUUUACAAUAUCAAACCCGGAUGCUCCAGCGACGCCGGGGUUCCUUCCCACUCCCACUCCGGUUCAAAUUACCCCUGCUCCUGCCACAGUAUCUAGCACCCUAUUUCCUGAUGGUUGGGUGCCAGACCCAUAUGUCUCACCUCAGUUGGAGGAUGUUUUGAAAUUUAAAACUGCCUCAUUGGGCGUUCCGCAUGACCCCGAACCACCAGAAACAACUAUCAUGAUUCACCAUUAUGAUGUUGAGGAGUUGCCAUUCGAGAUAUUGACGUCAGAAGCUGCCAGAAUAUACGAUGUUAUUUUGACAACCGAAAUGGGAUGUCUUGCAGAAGAUGCAAAUAUCUCAUGUGUUGGAAAGUUGAGUGAAAACCAGUGGAUCAAUCUGGUCAAAUGGCAUCGAAGCCUCAUUGAUCACCACUAUGAUUUACUCAUAUAUAUGGUCCCCGGAUUAAAAAAUUUGUGGCUUGAAUGUCUUGGUGACCUGACCAGCUACAUGAUGUGUCUUGAGGAUACGGAUUCUGAUGAGAGGGAGACCUGGAAUGAAAUUUCAUCGAGUUGGUAUCACAAGGCCCUUGAUGAGAACCCUGGAAAGGGAAGUCUCUACCACCGACUUGGUAAUCUUUCAAAACCCAACAUGGAAGCAGAAUGUCACCCCGCCAGACUUACCAUCUUGGUUUGUGGGCUCGCAUGCUAUGCUUCUUCGCGGUGGUUCAAUCCACAAGUUCAUUGA